AUGUCAGGGGGGCAGAGGAUCGGAAGUCAGGAGGGCAGAGGACAGGGGUCACUGCUGGCAGGGCAGAGGACAGGGGCCACUGCUGGCAGGGCAGAGGACAGGGGUCACUGCUGGCAGAGCAGAGGACAAGAGUCACUGCUGGCAGGGCAGAGGACAGGGGUCACUGCUGGCAGGGCAGAGGACAAGGGUUACUGCUGGCAGGGCAGAGGACAGGGGUCACUGCUGACAGGGCAGAGAACAGGGGUCACUGCUGGCAGGGCAGAGGACAGGGGUCACUGCAGGCAGGGCAGAGGACAGGGGUCACUGCUGGCAGGACAGAGGACAAGGGUCACUGCUGGCAGGGCAGAGGACAAGGGUCACUGCUGGCAAGGCAGAGGACAAGGGUCACUACUGGCAGGGCAGAGGACAGGG